AUGACUCCAUUGGAAAAUAAGCCAGAAAGUACACACGAUUCGGGACAAAAGUCCAAGGUCAGCGCACCAAUUCCUAUCAGAAAGCAAAACCCCAUCGUAGAGAGAGCGGUCUCGCAGAUGCACGAAGAGGACAAAGCACAAUUUGACAAUUCAUUGAGGUCAUAUACGCCCAAUACAGCGAAACGGGUUCAGCAAACCACCACGAGAAGGCCAUCAUACUCGAGUGUAGAAUUCACCAGAGAGUCUCACUACAACUUGGACUAUCCUGAAGGAUGGGACGAGAUAGAAAAGGAGCAAUUGGAUCCUAAAUCCCGAUUUUUUGCCAGAGCUAGGCCCAGAACGUUGAACCUUCCUAGGUUGCUUCCAUAUGAGACUGAGCUUCCUAAGGAUCAGGCAAAAUUUUUGAGUCAUAUUGUAUCGCAUCUCUACAUCGCUAUCAAGAGUCUUGAUAUCCAGGGUUCAUUAUCAAUCACUGCUAAGGAUUUGGCAUCGUUGAAAAAUGCUAGCGGCUUGUCUGAUGUUGAUUUAGCCCUUGAAACAAACCUCUUUGAGAUGAAUAAUGCCAACAAUGACGACGUUAGUAUGGAUGAUGAGUCGAGUAAUUAUUUCGCAGUAGAAGAAUUUGCUGACUCGGACAGCGAAUAUGAAGAAGAGGAGGAAGACGAAGAGGGAGACGAAGGCGACGAAGGCGAAGGUAACGAAUCUACGGUCCAACAUAAGAAAUCGCCCAAAUCAGCUGCGGUGGUGGGUGUUCGUAUUUGGACACAUGAGUUACUCGUUUGGCUCAAAAUGAAAUAUGACAUGCCCUUGAGUUUGAGAAUGAACUUGGCCAGGGUAUAUUAUGCUAUUUGUCUUUCCAGGGGACAACAUAUUAAUUUGAAGAUAUAUGUGAAAGCAUUCGAAUUAUUAACGAAAGACCAGGAAUUGCUUAAAAUUCAGGGUCUUGUUCUUCCAUGGGAAGGUUUGUGCAAAGAAUUGGAAAACCAGUUUCCGCAAAUAGACUCAUCUCAUGAACAAUUUGAAAAAAAGGACCACAAGCAUUUGAUACGUUUGGCUGAGAAGGCGUCCAAUUUCUUCUCUAAAGAAUCCUUGCCUUUGAUCUACGCUAAGUUCGGUAGUAAGUUUUCAAUUUCUAAUGCAGCAUUAUCUCUUUCAUCUAUGUCUUUAUUGCCGCUUCCUUUUACUGACGGUGGUAUGAAUGAUACAGAGGAUAUUCGUCAUUACAUUGCAUCUUUCUUUUACAUCUGGUCGAAAUUAAGUAAGAGCUCAGGUAUUGACUCACAUCUUACUUCCAGGCUCGGUACAAUCGCAAUGGCAUCAUUGUUGGAGUUGAGUCGUAAUCCAAAUAGUUCGAGUUAUAUGAAUCUUGGAAAAUUCGGUGUCUUCUCUGACGAGCAAAUGCAAUUCUUUAUUAACACUUUGAUUAAUAGUCUAAGCAUUAUGAACGAAAAAUAUUCCUCAUUAAAGACAAAAUUUUUCCAAGGGUUUGCAUCGAUGAUUAUAUUCUCUAUCAAUGGGGAAAGAUGUUUGGAGCCUGAUGGAAUAAUAAAAUACCUUGAAACAUUACUAAAUGCGAUAGAAAGUUACGUCCAUCCUUCUAACAGUGGUGAAUGGUCUAGAUCAAUUUCGAAAUUAAUUUUAAGUUUGGUUUAUCAAUACCAUAAAAGAAUUAAUUUGGAAACUGAAGAACAUGGAUCUUUGAAAAAUUUGCCAGAGGCCUAUAAAUUGACAGAAAAAAUAACUACCAGGUUUGUAGAAAUAUUCUUACCUUUAAUUAGAACUGGUGUUCAGUCUAAAAAGCAUAAUGUUACAGAUGAUUAUCUUACCUGUUUCCACUUAUUGGCAUAUUUAAGACCACUUAUGGUAUCCGAGCAUAUACUUUUAGAUAUAUAUGAAUCUCUCGAAGGUGUUAUAUCAACACAUAGAGUGACAGUUGCCUUACGUUCUGUUGAAGAAUUAGCAAGAUAUUUUGCAUCAACCCCAAUUAUAAGAAUACACUUAACGAGGAUAUUACUGUUAGCCUUGCCAGGUAUUGACUCAAAUGACUUAGAAAAAACAAUUCAUACUUUAAAUAUGUUUGCUUCAGUUGCAAACUUCGUCCCCUUCCACGAUUUAACUGAUGGUAAUGGUGACCCCAAUUUUGCCAUUCAAUUUACUCAAGAUCACCUAGAAUAUUUGCAAAGAAAAAUGUAUAAUAAUAAUGAUUAUGACGUACAAAGCUUUGAAAUUGAUGAUCAAUUGGAAUUAGAUGCAUUGAAGUCAUCGUCUGCUGGCUUCAAAAUAAUAAUGAAAACUUUAAGUGAAAGAUUAUUCAUACUUAUGGAGAAUUUACCGGAUCCUUCGAAAAGUACGGGUAUUGAAAAAGAUUUGGCAGAUGCUUUACCAAAAUUCUUGUAUGUUGUAUUUGAAUCUUUAUCUGAUGAUAUUUUCUCGCAAUUUCGUGAUGAUUUCUUCAAGUUUGUCACGGAUAACACAUACCACACGAUUGCAGAUGUAGCAGCGGAAAUUUGUGGUGGUCUUAUAAAGCAUGAUCCAGAAAGCUUCAAAGGAUUUGCGGGGAUCUUGAUAGAUAAGAUUAAAGAGGACAUUGAAGAAAACGGUGCAGGUGCAUCAAGAACAGGUGUGGAAAUUGUUCCUCGCGACCAGCCUCUAUUUUGGAACCUAGUUAUAUUAAACGAAUGUAUCGGAAAUGCUGGAAGUUAUGUUGUGGACUGUGCAAAGGAACUUACUGACUUGUCUUUCUUCUUGAUGGACAAUGUAAAAGGUCCUACGGUAUUUGCUGGUUCUUACUUAUUGAAUCAAAUGUUACAGUCUACAACGAAAAUAAGGCUUAAGGAGAAUAGGUUAAUUUCUCCACAGUAUAUUGAGAAGUAUGGAAUUGAUGAAAAAUGUUGGGGAGGCUUUCAGUUCGAUAAAGAACGAUUUUCAAAAGAAAACUUAAAUUUUGAAUGGUUUAUUCCAACUGAACGGGAAGUUAAAUUUGCGGUUGAGUGUUUUAGGAGUCAUGUUUCUAAAAGUUUGGAGAAUAUUCUGAAAUUAAUGAAAAGAUAUUCUGAAGUAGAAAGUGGAGAUGCCAAUGCUGCUCUUCAACUUUCUGAUGAGCUUAGACUGUACUUUUUGUACUUGAGCUAUUCUAUUAGUGGUAUAUCUUUCUUAUUGGAUCCAUCUUUUGAUGAAGAUAUACCUAAAUUGAAUCACCAUGAAACACAAUCCAUUCAGCAAAGGUUAAUUUUGUUAAAUCAAAUAAGAGGGAUGAAAAACAGUAGGUCUUUAGGUAAGGACGAAUUACGUAUUGAAAAUAUUCACGAGAAUCUUGAAAAGAUCGUUGAAGACAUAGGAAGUGAUGAUCUAAUAAAUUAUAUGUUAGACUUUGAUAAAUUGACGGAAUAUAAUAUUGCUGAUGAAGACAAUGAUAUUAAAAAUAAGGAAGUUUCGAGUCAUCAUGAUAUUAGUGAUUCAUUUUCAAACUUAAACCAUCACCUUGAGUCUUUAAGUAAAUCUGAAUCGCCUGCUCCAUCAGUUGAUGCUUCUGGUAGGGGUACCCCACAUAUUGAAGGUGUUGACAUGUCUACUAUGAAUCCUGGUAUAACAUUCAGAGAAAGGAAGCUUUAUACAUCAAGAUACUUUUUUGGAGAUGACAUGGAAACUAGAAGGUCAAAUGAGUUGUACCUUAUAUUACAUAAAACUCGUAAUUUGAUAGGGAAGAGUUUACACAUUAUAUGCAAAUUUCUAACAAAUCAUUUUCACGAUAAUACGAAACUUUUCAAACAUUUCUUAUACUUGAUGAACAUGUGGUUUGCAGAUGUUGGCCGUGAACGCUUAUUGGACCAUAGUCAUGCAAAAAUCAAUUUUGGCUAUGUUAGCAGUAUUCAACACAUAAAUAGGGUUCGCAAGCCAUAUACCAGAAUUGCGCUUGGUAGUAGAAUUGAAUCUUAUCAUCUGCUUAGAGUGGCACUUCAUGCUACUGCUAGGACACAAACUGAUCUCGAUAAGACUUUGUUGGAAGAUGUUGUAAAAUUAUCUGUUUCAACAUAUUUGGCAAUCGCUAAGCCAGCCCAGUCAACUUUAGUGGAUGCAAUGAAAAGGUUGAAUGGGUCUUACAAUGUAAUAAUUCGUUCAUCGUUUAAAUACCUUGCUAAAGCUUUAGAAGAAAAUGACUAUAGGAAAAUAGAAAGUGGGUUAAGUAUUUUUAGUCUAAAGAGAAUCAAAAAUAAGAUUCAAAAUGAUUACUUUAAUCUUCAGAAAUAUGUGGAAUUAAUUCAUCGUUGUUUGCUUGUUGAUAAUUUUGAAGUAAAUGAACUCUCUCAAAGAUUAUUCAAAGGAGUCUAUAAUAGCAUUACGCCACCUAGCAGUGUAUGCUUGAUUGAUCAUUCGGAGGUAGAUUGUGUUAGACCACCUGACGAAUAUAUUGAUUUAGAAAUACGGGCAGUAAGGUUGGCUAAAGAAAAGAAGAGAAAAAUUUAUUUUGAAAAGCUAAGGAAGUUAGAAGAUAGUGUUUUGUUAGAUGAAAAAACAAAUUCACACUGGAAGAUAACUUCUCUUAAUUUAUUUUUACUCAUCGAUUUGCAACUCGAUUUAGAGAUGGCAGUGAAUCACGACGUGUUACAGCUUUUAGCAAAAGAGGCUUCAAGCGAUCAUCCUCUUAUCUCGAGACUAGCUUUGAAGGGUAUAACAAAGAUGGUAAAUAAACUUUAUCUUCUUCAAGUGUUACAAUACGAUCUUUCGAAUGCUUAUAAUCUAGGUUUUGUUCCAACCGAUUUCAAGGUUGUUGAUACUUCACCUAUUUCAGGUAAGUCUUAUUUUAAUGUUUGGACUCAGGAAAUUAAUAAUUCCAAUUCUCCAAGCUACUUUAUUGAUCAUAAGGCGAAUACUGGUUGGUUAUUUUGGGAUAAAAAUAUGGAAGUAGUUACAAAUGAACCAUGUUUCGAACUUGACUUGAAGGCACAUGAUGCCAAUGCUUUAAAAUCGUUCUGUACCUGUGUAACGAAGGAAUGGUUCCAAAAUAUAGUGAAGUUAUGGGUUACCGAUAAUGAUGCCAAUUCUGCAUUUCAGGGUACGGAUGUUUUUGUUACUGCAACUUUAGUACAUUUGAUAUCCAACGGGUAUAUUGAACAAUUUUCUUUUGACGAUUUAUUAAACAUUGUUAGCGAUACUUACGUCAAAGAUGAUAAGAGUUCCCAUAUAGUUGUCUGUGAAUUAAUUGCCGGAAUAUUAAUCGGAUCGAAGUUUAUCAACCCAUCGUUGACGGAUAAACGUGACAGUUUUAUUUGCCUGCUUUUGAUGGAAAUUUUUGAACAUGAUUUAUCUCCAGAUAAUAGAGGGAUUUGGAAUAUAUUCUCUUGGUGGGUGCCUUCACAUAUCGAUUGCAGAAGAUUUCCUAAAGUAACUAAAGUACUCACCGGCUUCACCGUCGACCCAGAAUCAGAUUCUGCUCUAAAAGAAGCAACAAGGUUAAGUUAUAUCAGAUCCUUUGUUGCGGCUGUCACAUGGACGUAUCCAGACCCUGACGCUACACUUAAGAUGUGCUUUGAUAAUAUCAAUCAUCGUUAUCAAGCAAUUAGGGAUCAAAUUGGGUCACUUAUUGCGAUUUUGUCUUUUGCGUAUUAUACUGAAUCAGUAGCGAGUGGAGAAGAGUUUGCAACCGUUUGUAAUACAAACUCUGGGAACAUUUUAUACCUCGCAAGUAAGAAAAAUACUCUUCUUGAAUUGAUUCCAGAGUUAUUUGGCAAGAUCGAGACAUGGAGAUUAGAGGUCGAACACCUAACACAGCAAGAAAUUUUAAAAUCCAAUUACAUUUAUUCUGCGACAACCGUAUUGACUUGGUUAGGGCAAGCAUUGAAUACCAGUGUUUCGGUGUUAUAUCAGGAUGACGUGGAUACGUACAUUGUGCCAUUCUUACUUAAAUUGAUCAAUAUGAAAGAUGUGUGUCAAUUGGGAAAUAUAGAUCCAAUAACUGUCUUCAAGAAAGUUUCCCAAAUCCCAUAUAACCCGCGCACAUUAGAAAGGAUUGUUUGCAUGCUUGAAAGAUAUUCUUCUGAGUCUUUAACAGUAGUUCAAUCAAUCAUUGUCGGUGAGUUUACGGAAACCAUAUACUUUAAAAACCUUUUUUGCUUCAGUAAGUCACAGAGACAACGAAUUAUUAGCUUGACGAAUAAAUUGCUCUAUCAUAAGAAUGUUGAAAUUCGGGAAGCUGCAUCUUCCACUUUGUCCGGAUUGAUUCAUAUUUCUCCUCCAAACGAUGUCAAUGAGAUUGUUUUGGAAUAUAGUAAGGCUUAUGCUCAAGAUUUAGAUAAAAUUAGGAGGAAGCAUAAAAAGACUGGUUAUAAGAAUAUCCCCAUUACAGACAAUAUAACACUUCAUGGAGCUACUCUAGGCCUUGGGGCUUUGGUUCAUGCUUUCCCAUUUUUAUCUCCUCCUCCAAUAUGGGUUCCGAACGUUUUGACAAUGCUAGCCAAUAAGUCGUCUGGUUUACCUGGUAUUGUAGGAAAAACAGCCAAAGAUACCCUAGGUAAGUUUAAAAAGAAUAGGCAGGAUACCUGGCAUGUUGAUAGCAAGGUCUUUAAUGAGAGCCAAAUGCAAGACCUUGAAGGUGUUCUUUGGAAGAGUUAUUUCGUAUAG